AUGGAUUUUUCUGGACUAGUGGAGAAUCUGAGCUACAUCAAUGGUAGUUGUGAUUUCUGGGACAACUGCGACAUUGACACCUUCUCGCUGAUUUGGAUCCAUGAUUUCAUCAAGUUUUUUAGGAAUGAGAUAACUGAAAGACUACAUGUCUACUGGUGCAUGCCUGGGAAAGAUUUCAUGGAUGUUUUAUUCUACACCGUGAAUGAUGCUCAUAUAUUAGCAAUAACAACAAUUGCCAAGAAGUACACAAAUUUGUGUAUAUUCAUUGAUCACACAAAAUUUCUGGAGGGAUUGAGAGAUGACGUGGUUAUAAACGGACCUAUUUUUUGGAGCGUCCGAUAUGUGUCUUCUGUCACAAAUCUCCGCGCGUUGUGUCUGUUUUUUUUUGUUUUUGGUUUGGGCUUAGUCAACGUACCUUUUUUGGGUCUUUUCUUUAUUUCAGGAGAGAAGGGGAGCAAGCACGCGCCAUGGCGGAGAGUUCAGCGGCAACCCCUCAGCCGGUGCGGCCAGCGACGUAGGGAGCGGUGCUUUCGCAGGCAGCCGCCACCGCCUUGGAAGGCACAGGUGUCUCCGCAGCCUGCUCGGGCGGCAUCGGCAGGGGGCGUCGGGGAGCGCUGUGGGUCGGGAGGUUGUUCGAUCCAUGCCGGAGGGACCAGCGAUUCGCGACCUUCGAAGACAGGGCUGCUGCUUGCGAGACGGGCUUUAUUACACACAUGGGGGUUAAUUCUCUCAUUUGGUCAAAAAAGAGCAGCUUUGUUAAGCCAGGGGUGGAGUAAUGUGGGUGGAUUAGCGGCUGUAGCAAGUCAGUCUUAUUCUUCUUUAGUGAAGAUUAUUAUCAAGGCUUUAUUACACACAUGGGGGUUAAUUCUCUCAUUUGGUCAAAAAAGAGCAGCUUUGUUAAGCCAGGGGUGGAGUAAUGUGGGUGGAUUAGCGGCUGUAGCAAGUCAGUCUUAUUCUUCUUUAGUGAAGAUUAUUAUCAAGAAGAUGAUGACUAGCUCCUGCCUUCUUUAUGCAACUUUUCAAUGUGGUCAUCAUUUUAUUUUUCAAGAAAAGGAUCACUAAGCGAUUUGUGAAGCUCUCAGCCUUCCAAAAGACGGAGUUGCAGUUCUGGCAAUGUAUCAGGGAAAUACCAUGGAAGUAGACUUCUACAUGAGCUCUGCCAUAAGGGUUAGCUUCAGACCGGAUGGAGUCAGUUUGCCCUGAUGAAUGAUUGGAUACAUGACUCGAUGUACUGAUGUUGUUCCACAAGACAAAGGCACUGUCACAAUAUCAUUCUAUGUGCUGUAGGUGUGAAGCUGUGUGGUGGGUGGGUGCCCAUUGAUUCUCGGUAUUUUGGGAAGUUGCCAUGUGUGUGUUCGCGCAGUAAAUUGUAUCUGACGACGUUCUACUGAAUUUUUAUGUUAUAUGCUUCGCACGUUGAGCUUGUCGAGCCAUUCUAUCAAACUUGUAGUAUUCUGGGUUUGGUCAUUCCAAUGCGAACUCGCUGGACUAAGUUGGAUGCAAGUUUGUUCAAAA